GUGGCAAACGUACAGGGUGGGAGAAGUAGAAAAGGGGGAAGUGAGGUAACGAAACAGCGAUGCAAACGGAUGAGACAAGAGCAAGUAUUGUGCAGGUCAGCACCACCAGGCACCGGUUCUUCAUGGCGCGCUGCGUCUCCCAGAUCUUCUGUAUUCUUAUCAUCCACCUGUGGCUCUCACCCCUAAUCACCAGUAAUACAACCGGAACACAUCCGGACUGUAUCCCAUCUAUCAUGGUGCCGCGGAACACAUUGUGGAAAGUUCGUGUAAUGACUUCCCUGAAGAUCAACUGCACGGUCGACACUGAAUCACACUGUUGGAAGAAUGUUGAUGUCUCAUGGUGCAGAAUUGAUAAUAAGAGUGAAUGCAGAUCUCUGAAACACUCUGAUCACAUCACAACCGAACAGAGAAAUAUUACUGAGAGUAAAGUAAUGUUGUUCCUGAUAUUCCAAAACAUAUCCAUGCAGGAUGUUGGACUUUACAGAUGUGAGAUCAAAUCCCUUACACCCACUGUCAGCCAUGCUAUCAAUGUCACUGUGACAGAUGAUGUUCCAGAUUGUACCACUGACUACAAAGUUGUAACCCAAGAAAACAAUACAACAAACAUUUCAAAUCCGAAUGUUGAAAAUAAAGAAUGGCUGCAGUUCUACGUGUACAUCUGCAGUGGGAUUGGAGCGCUGCUCCUCAUUGUAGUUGUUGUAUGUGUAACUGUCAUCCGGUGUCGAGGACGGAAAAAAUACAUUAAACAAAAAAUACAUGAGAAUCAGUCCACAGCAACCCCAGUGUCUGAUCUUGCUCCACCCAUAUAUCCCAGACAGUCUCCACGUAGCAAUGCCCAAACUCUUCCUGCCCAAUUCAGCGCACCAACACCCUGUGUCUAUGACGUCCCUCCUGUCAGAGUGACAUCUCUAAGAGACCGAUCAUCAGCAGGAAGACAUCCGGACAAUCGCGGAUCACCGAGUCAAUGCCAUGACCGUAACACCGUGGAAAUGGGGGAAGAAGACAAUCCGUUGAUAUACGCUACUCUAAAUCAUGGGAGUGCUCCACAGAGACCUGUUAGAGUUGUUCAUGUACAGAUUGAGGCGUCGGAAUAUGCUGCCAUUAAAGUCACGUAACUCUAAUUCCUAAUGCUACAGAGAACUGAAUAGAGGUCAGUUUUGGGUUUAAUUCCCUAACUGUUAAAGACUGUCUGGGCUCAGAACUUUACUUAAGUGAUCUAUAGGACUAUUGGUAGCAUAGGCCUAUUCACACGUCGGAUGUAUUGCUUGUGACAAUAUGCUCAGUGUGGAAUGAGGGCAAGUUGUCAGUGAUGACUAAGAUUAAACCAGCUGUAACUGUGAUCCAUACCAACUAAGACCAUGAUCCAUACCAAACGGGAAUGUGAUUCACACUAACCAAGAACAAACCAAGACUUAGGCCCAUAUCAGCCAAGACCAUUAAAAGACCAAGAUCUAUACCAACCAAGGCAACACCAAGGCCCAUACCAACCGAGCAUUUGAAAAGUUUAACAUGCAUACCAACUGAGAUCAAGACAAGACCAAGUUCCACACCAAUCAAGACCAAGACAAGACCCAGGCCAUUACCAACAGAGACCAAGAAAAGACCCAGGCCCAUACUGACCAACACCCAUACCAACCAGAACCCAAGGCAAAACCAGCACAUAAUGAUCACCCCCCAGUUUUGAGACUUAGUGUCAAGACCAAUAUCAGGUUACAGUGACCUCAAGAGCAGUCUUCAUCUUGAGACCAGUGUUGUAAUUGGACCGGUUGUCAUCGGGCACAUAGAAAAGUGAACCAAAAACAUGGAUUUCCAAAUAUACUGAAAUUAAAUCUCGCUGUUCCAGAAAUACACCUAAAUACUGUGUGAAAUGAAUGCGCUUGGUGAGAUUAUUUCUGACAGAUUUGGCAACACGAGAACCAAAACCGUUUGUAAUAAAGACAAAGCACCCAUUCUAAGCUUACUGCAGCUUUCAGUUUCCCAAAAUGUUCACUGUUUAAGUUUAAUUAAUAUUUAUUAGUGACCUUCACAUGCUUUGAUACAUGAGUAUAUAGUUACAGGCUUAUCUAUAUAAUAGAUCACAUGUAGUUUUUUCCCCCUUAAUACAGCCAACUCCAUGGGGCAUGAAUCUUAUAACAUUCAUGUACUUUUGGAUUGUUCUGAGAAAAUGUAUUUUGUGAUUUUUGAGGGCUUUUCCAUCCAUCCUUCCAUCCAUUUUCUAUACUACCUAUCCUACAGGGUCACGGGGAACCUGGAGCUUAUCCCAGGGAGCAUGGGGUACACCCUGGACAGAGUGCCAAUCCAUUUCAGUACAAUCAUAUACACAUUCACACACCCAUUCAAACACUAUGGACAAUUUGGACCUGCCAAUCAUGCAGCCUACCAUGCAUGUCUUUGGACUGGUGGAGGAAACCCCCAGAGCACAGGAAGAACAUGUAAACUCCGCAUACACAGAGCCGUGGCGGGAAUCGCACCCCCGACCCUGGAGGCGUGAGACAAACGUACAAACCACUAAGUCACCGUCUGCCUUUUGGGGGGGGCUUUUUAUUUAAUGUGAAAUGGGACUGUCCAGUAUCAAGAUUACUGCAAUGUUCUUCCUUCCUAGAAUCUUUUAAGUGCACUAGGUAUUAACUUCAAAGUUGUAUACGCCCUAACAGUGAUGUUGGGGUUUUUUUUUUUUCUCGGAAUGGUACAAAUUGAUAAGGUUUUUGGUCCACUUUCCCCACAUCACCUGACUGACUGCUUGCCCUUCACAAGCAAUAUAUCCACCAUGUAAAAAAUAAACCUGCACUCCUGUUGACAAUA